AUGGACCUCUCCGUCACGCUGGCCCUGAGCUCCCCCACGGAGCACAGGGAGCAGUUGAGGCGGCGGCAGCACUCGUUAUCGGAACUGACUUAUUCAAGAGACGACGAUGCGAAACUCGAGACCACGCUGUUGGGUGUUCUCAAAAGGCAUGAAGAUCUGAAAGAGCGUCUCUCGUGGUACUCCUUUGUCUGCUCUUUUUUAUUUUAUUAUUUUCCGUCCAAGCUUCUGGAUUGACCCUUCGGAUGUAGACUCAGCUGGCCAACUCAGUGUUUAUUGAUUUAUGAUAAGUACUUUACAGAUA